AUGACAAACUAUUUCCAAAACAUGAAAAGCAGCGAGCUUGCAGAGCUACAGCAUGAAUUGAACUCUCUAAAGCCCGAGGAAAAGCGUGAAGCUGCCAAGCAAGUCAUCGCUAUGAUGACCAUUGGCAAGGAUGUGAGUUCUCUCUUCCCACACAUGGUGAAGUGCAUGGAAACAACUCAGAUGGAGCUUAAAAAAUUAGUAUACCUCUACAUUAUUAACUACGCCAAAGUCAAGCCAGACCUUACUAUUAUGGCAGUAAAUUCAUUCUAAAAGGACUCAAGAGAUAUUCAAAGUCCUAUGAUGAGAGCACUUGCAGUAAGAACUAUGGGCUGUAUUAGAGUUGAGAGAAUAACAGAGUAUAUGUGUGAGUCUUUGAAGGAGAGAUUAAAUGAUUAGGAUCCAUAUGUGAAAAAGACUGCUGCUCUCGGAGUAGCCAAAUUAUUCCAAACCAGUCCUAGAUUAGUCAAAGAUCAUUCAUUGAUUAAAAUCCUUUAAGGCAUGCUCUAUGAUGGAAAUGCAGUUGUAGUAGCAAAUGCAGCUGCAUCAUUAUUAGAAAUCUCAAGAGCAAGUGGAAAGAAUUAUUUGAGAUUAAAGAACGAUCAAGGCCUCAAUAAACUCUUGAUAGCUUUGAAUGAUGCCAACGAAUGGGGUAAAAUUUACAUCCUCGAGGGUAUUUCAUCCUAUGACACUUCAGAUUCCAAGGAAAGCGAGAACAUUGUGGAGAGAGUUUUGCCAAUGCUCACUCAUAACAACCCAGCUGUUAUUCUUUCAGCAGUCAAAACUGUGCUUAAGUUCAUGAAUAACGUAAGCACUCAAGACCUACUCAAGGGCAUCAUUAAGAAACUCGGACCACCUCUCAUUACUCUACUUUCUACCGAGGCUGAGAUUCAAUAUGUGGCUCUGAGGAAUAUCAACUUUAUUCUGCAGAAGUAUUCGCAUUUAUUUGAGUAGAACGUGAGAGUGUUCUUCUGCAAGUAUAAUGACCCUGUCUACGUGAAAUUAGAGAAAAUCGAUAUUUUAGUCAAGGUGGCUGAUGACAAGAAUGUUGAAACUAUUCUAGCUGAGUUAAAGGAGUAUUCAGGGGAUAUUGAUCCUGAAUUGGUCAAGAAAUCAGUAAGAGCCAUUGGCCAGAUAAUCUUGAAGGUCGACAAGGCUGCAAGUAAAGCAGUUGAAAUUAUUCAUGAGAUAGUUACCUAAGGAGGAGAGAUCGGAGUUUAGGAGGCAGUCAUCGUGGCAAAGGAUAUCUUCCGUAAAUUCCCAGACAAAUACGAGUCAUUGAUCAAGCAAUUAUGUCUCAAAUUAGAUGACUACAAUGAACCAGAGUCUAAGGCUUCAAUUAUAUGGAUCAUUGGAGAGUAUGCAGAGAAGAUCAAUGAGGCUGAAGCUUUGAUUGAAAGAUUUGCAGAUAGUUUCAUUGAAGAUCAUGAUAAAGUCAAGCUUUCAUUGCUUACUGCUGCAGUCAAGUUGUAUCUAAAGAAGCCAGAUGAAGGAGAGUAGAUUAUUUAGAGAGUUCUGAAGUUAGCAACUGAAGAAGCUGAUAAUCCAGAUCUCAGAGACAGAGCCUACAUCUACUGGAGAAUGCUUUCAACUUCUCCACAAAAGACAAAGUAUGUAGUGUUGGGAGAUAAACCAAACAUUUCAGAGGAUUCUUAUAACCAGUACAACGAGGAUUUAAUCUCAUCACUCAUUGAUUAGAUUUCAACUCUGAGUAGUAUUUAUCACAAGACACCAGAAGAUUUAGCACUUAUGCAAAGAAGAACUUUACAAGUACCAGCUGCAAAGAAAGAUGAAGCAAAGAAAGAAGACGAGGCUGAAGAGUCUAAGGAGAGAUCAAAGAGCCCUACUAACAAGAAGACUAGAGCAAAGGCAAAGAAAUCAGAUGAUGAGUCAGAAGAGAAGCCUAAGUUAAAACCAAAGAAACAUCCUGAACUCGAAAAACCUAUAUCAAGCAAGAAUAAGAAGGAUGAGCCAGCUCCAGUUACUAUUUAACCAGUAUCAAAUGGAAUCGACAUUGAUGAUUUACUUGGGAUGGGAGAUUCAACUCCAUAAUCUUAUCAAUAAACUUCUCAAUAAUAAAAUGCUUUGUCAGGGCUUGACUUUGGAUAUGGCAACUAAUUCCAAUAAUAAUAGCAACAAUAAAUCCAACCAUUGAACUAAUUCCAGCAGAUCUAAUAAUAGAAUACCAGUCCAUUCGGUCAGUAAAAUCUAUUCGGAGCAACCAAUGAUCAUGAAGAUGAUGGUGGUAUGGGAUGGGCAAAUAUGGGUGCUUUUGGUUCCACACCAGAGGUAAAACUUACUCUAGAUUUUGCCUACCCUCCAUUGAAAGAAGCCCUUUCAUAACACACUAAAAAUCCUAAGGGAAACAGUGGUAUUCAAGUGAAAGCAGUAUUCAGGAAGAAGGAGAACACUAAUCUUGUAGUUGAUUUGGAGAUUAUCAAUCACACUUAACAGCCAAUAUCUGAUUUUGAUCUGAUGUUUAACAAGAAUCCCUUCGGUAUUGCUAUAUAUAAUGCCGCUUCAAUCUUUAGACCAAUAGGUCCAGGAUAGAAUGCUGAAUUUUCACUCCCAUGUGUUAUCGAUAAGAAGAAUUUGGACGCAAAGAAUCCUCCAAAGAGUCCAUUCAUGGUUGAGUCAGCUUUAAAGACAAACUUAGAUGUAUUCUAUUUCAACAUUCAUUGUAUGCUUCACUGCCUGAUAGAUCAAAGUUAGCCCAUGUCUCGCGAAGACUUUAAGAAAUUCUGGGAAAUGAUUCCAAAAGCUAAUGAGACUUCAAUGUCAUUUGAUAGUCUCUAUGGAGCCUUCACUUAAUCUGGAGAUGUUCCAGCCUCACUAAUUGACGGCCUUAAGAAAAACGGUUUCGAAAAUUUGGCUAAAGUGACUAAAGCCGAUACCCAGCAAACAAUGCUAUACUUCGGAGCCUUUACUAUAAAUAAACUACCCCUACUGCUUGAGAUCGCAAACCCACACAAUGGAAAUACCUAAUCUGCAUAAGUUCUAUUUAAGAUUCCAGUCAUGCCUCUAAAACCCCUACUUAUUGAAGCCAUUGAAUAUAUCCUCGUUAGAAAGGCAUGA